AUGUCUACUCCACGAGAGGGUCCAAACCCUUUGAGACCAUACUAUAUACCUCCUUCCGUUGGUCCAAGCGGACCUCAGAAUGGAACCUUUGCCACAAAUGCCGGCAGCAAGCAUGUCUCCUCUACGUCAACAAACAGCUUUGGCUCCUCAGCGCGAAAUAUCCUGGCGGAUAUGGACUAUACAGACUACAUACCCGAGUCUUCGCCCUCGUCUACUGCGGUGAUGAAGGGACUGGUGGAACAGGCAAUAUGGAAGUAUACCAGCGUAUUCCUGGCGCAGCCAUUCGAGGUAGCGAAGACAGUGUUGCAGGUCCAGGCUGGCAGUCAAGUCCAGAAGUCAAUAGCAAAGGAGGCAUUUGUGGAUGAUUUGCACAGAAGAUCUGGCAGCUAUCGGCGAGACUCGUACGAGAUGUUUUCUGAUGAGGACUCGGACCUUGACUCUCCCUCCUACUUCACUUCCUCAGCACCUCUCGCACAUACACCAACUCGACGCUCACGGACACGGCGACGGCAUGGCUCUCCAGAACCAGACGGUGUUCCACGAGUCCACACGCCUCAACCACCUCCGUCAAAACCGCACCAAUCUCCCCACACCCUCGAUCUCAAAUCAUCCUCCUCCGUAUUAGCCGUACUGUCUUCCCACUGGGCAGCAGAAGGGCCUUGGGGAAUAUGGAAAGGCACCAAUAGCACCUUACAUCCACUCGAUCCUUCUAUCCACAAUCACCUCCUUUGUCCGAUCAUUCUUCUCUGCGUUUAUGGCGCUACCUGA